UUGGUCGACCCCCCUAUGCCGUUCAGGGGUUUAUUACAGUGUAUAAAAGCGAGCAGUGGCAGAUUUCGGUGGCUUCUGCGAAGCCCACAGUUCACUAAAAUCAUUGUCGUUUUGCAGUGGAAUUGGUCAACUGUUUAAGCAUAAUGGCUACUGCCAGUUCCACGAGUAAGUUAUAUAAAAUGGUGGUAGAAGAUGUUAUAAAUAAUGUUAAAGAAGCUUUUUUAGAUGAAGGAGUAGAUGAGCAAGUUUUGCAAGAAUUAAAACAGCUAUGGGAAUCAAAAUUAACAGCAUCAAAAGCUCUAGAGCCAGCACAAAAUGAAUCUGAAUUAAUGUUAGCUGGCGGUACACCACAACUAGUCUUUCAAAAUCAACAACAGGUAUUGACACAAGGACAAGUUCAACAGACUUUCUCUGGUUUACCUGUACAAAUAAAUAGAUCGGGUCCAGAACUAUCAGGUGCAGCAGCGACGGCAACAAUGGCUUUACCCCGUGGCAUAUUUCAACAGCAGAUGGCAGCAUUAAAUGCAGGCUCCAUCAAUGGGCCUGCUAUCACUUUAGCCAAUGGUCAGUUAAUAGCUGUUCCUCAAUUGACCCAACAACAGCGAGGUCAAGCACCAGGUACUACUAUUACCAUUCCACAUAUACCAGGUCAGUUACCACAAGGUAUUACCAUGCAACAGAUACGACAAACUACAGCUAUUAGAACAGUUAAUCCAAAUAUGGUUCAACCACAACAGUUGCAUGGCAUGCGUACAGUAUCAUCAAAUCAAACUAGUCAAAACGAAAGAAUGGCUCAUCCCCACCAAAACCCUCAUGUAUCCCAACAUCAUAUAUCUGAACAUGGUCAAAAUCCAUCCAUGUCUCAAACUCAGCAUCAACACCCUCCUCCUUCUCACCAUCAACAACAUCCUCCUCCCUCUCAACACCCUCAACAUCCCCCUCCACUCGUACAUCAGCACGCUCCCCCAACUCAUCAAUAUCGACCUCCUCAUACACAACAUCAACCCCUUCCACAUUCGAUGAACCACUCAUAUCCUCAUCAUCAACCCCAUCCAUCCCAGCAACAUGUUAUGCCACCCUUGCAACAUGUGCCCCAUGCUCAACAUGCACAUCUUCAGCCAAAUACUUCCGUAUCACAACAAAUGUAUGGCAUGCAACCUCGCCCUCGUAACACUAAUCCUGUCAUACAGCUAGAUGGUACAGGUGACACAAGUUCAUCUGAUGAUGAUGACUUUGAUAAUGAUGAUGAUGAUGAUAACGAGAAUGAAAAUGAAAAUGAUGAAGAAGCACAGGGAGAAGAAGAAGAACCACUGAAUUCAGCUGAUGAUAUUAGUGAAGAAGAUCCAAAUGAAUUAUUUGAUACAGACAAUGUUGUAGUUUGUCAGUAUGACAAGAUCAAUAGAAAUAAAAAUAAAUGGAAAUUUCAUUUAAAAGAUGGUAUUAUGAAUCUCAAGGGUAAAGAUUAUGUUUUUCAAAAAGCAAGUGGAGAAGCAGAAUGGUAGUCUUCGCUUUAUUUUUAUUUAUUUAAAUAUGUUUGUAUUUUUGACAUUUGUACAUGAUGUAUUUGAUACACCUAUUCCUUUUAUUUAUCAAAAUAAGUGUUUAAGUGAUAUUGAGUCGAAAUUUCUUUUCAUCAAUCAGCCUUUUAUCAAACUAAAUGUUGAAGAUGUAUAUUGAAUUAGAAAUGGUAACUGUUUGAGCUCCAUUUCUUUCAGUGUUCUUGAAUAAUGACCAUUGCUUCUCUUGACAAUGUUACUUACUCUAAAUACACAUUAUUUUGGUUGCCAACUAAUUUGAGUUUUUGGUUCGUGAAAUGCGGGAUACAGUAAGUUUGAAAAUGACCAAAUGAAUGAAUUAUUGUUCAGGCGCUAGCUAGUGAUCUAAGAAAAUCAAGAUGGUGUCGUUUUAUUGGAUUAAACAUAAUAUUUGGACAAAUAUAUGCUUUUUGUUAAGUGAUUAAGACUUUUUAUUGUGUAUGGUCUGAGUGAAUGACUAUAUUUGCUGUUUAGUCUGGAAUAUUGUGCCUUUAAAUGAGUGAUUUCUCAUUAAUUAAGAGGUUUUUUUCAAUAGGUAUUUUUAGGCUCAUGCAGUAUAGAUCAUAUCAUGAUUUUGGUAAAAAGAAUUGAUAAAUAAAAAGAAUAUGAAGUACACUAAAUAUUAUGGCAAAGAUAGAAAUAUUUUGUUGUUUGAUUAUGUUUUUACCAAAAAAUAUCAUUUUCACUUUGAGUUGAUUGAUUUGCUUUUGAUAAUGGGAUGUUAUAUUUUAUAAAUAGGAAGAUGUAUACUUCGAUCCUUGAUUCCUGUAAAUAUGUAAAUAUUACUUAUAUCCCGAAAACAGGAUAAAAUAUUCAUGAUGCCAGCAUACUUCAUACAGUCCAUGUUUAUAUGUAUAAUAUAGUAGGUUUAAGAUAUGACAUCAGUGUGGAUGUAUUGUAAUGACAUUAGUAUUUAUCAGGAAAUACUAGCAUUAUUAUUAUUCUAGAAAGUGGUGCAUUUAUAUUUUUUUACCUUUAGAUAAAGCUUGUAGUGUUUAUGUAUUUAGAAUAUAGAUGGUGUAAGAAUAUUGAUAAAUUAGUAUAAAUUUGAUAUUGACUAUAAAUUAAGUUUCUGUAAUUCAGAAAUUGAACUGUAUAAGAGUUUUUUAGAAUCACAUGAUGAGUUUACAUUAUACUACCUGGCAUUUAAAUUAAACCACUUGAGAACUUACUUUGUAACACUUAUUAUAGUCAAAUUUAAUUUUUUUAUGUCUGUGUGCGUGGGUGGGUGUGUGUGUGUGGGGGGGGGGGUGAAGUUUAAACUUGUUAGAUAAACUCUUUGAAAGGGGUGAAAUUAAAUUCAUUAGAUGUGUAUGCAAGAUAUUUUCUAGUUUUAGAGACUGUGUGUGAAUAUAUUUUUGGGGUCUGCAAAAUCUGUGGCGAAAAAAGGUCUGUGUGAAAUACAAUUAAGUAUAAAAUUGUUGCUAUUCGGAUACUGAAUUUGACAAGUCACAUUUGUGACAAGCUGCCUAGCUUGUUAAGCCCACAUUCAGUUCUGUCUUCAGACUAAUUUUACAUCAGACGUGGAUACAGAGGUGGUGCCAGAAUGCUUUCCUCUCUUUUCUAUAGUCAAAUUCCUUUUUUUUAUUUUAUGGUAUGGUUGUUGGGAGGGAGGAGGGAGUUGUUGGGACACAGCCAAGUGGCAAUAUAUUAAAUAAGACACAAUGAGCAUAUCCUUUAUUGUAUAAAAACAUGGAAAGUAUAGUUGUAUUUGAACAAGCUUCAAAGCACUAGAAUAUGCCGAUUGUCUUUCGUUUCUUACAUCUCUUUAUAGAAAAUUUGUAAAAUGUGAAAAAAUGUUAGGAUACACUGAAUUAGAUAUAUCUCUUUACUUUAAGUAGUAUAAAAUUCAUUAUAAAUGAAUACAAAAUUAUUAUUUUCUAGGUAUAGACAUAAUUAUAAACCUUGUGAGUAGUAGUUUGUAAAUAUUUUUAUCAGUGUUCAUAUCAUAUUUAUGUUCAGAUCCAUUGAAUACAGAACCUAAUUAAAUAAAGUGUAAUUAAUAAUAUUAUAACUAAUAUAAUAAAGUGUAAUGAUCAUAAUUUGUCAAAAUACAUUUCAUUGUCUUAUUUAUCAUUUAAUAUUAAUGUAUAAUUCAGCGAAAAGUUAGUCAUCAAAACUACCCAGAAAAUGUGUCACACUGGUUGUUAGAUGAAUUUGAAGUUGUCUCUAAAGUUUCUAAGCAAAUGAGUCAAAUGGCAGUAUUUAGAAUAGCAGAUUGUUUUGUGUGUGCAUUAGCCUAAACGUUUAUAUGACUGAAGUUUUCAUUUAAUAUUUCUCUCAGUCCAAACAAAGCCAAAGUAAGAUAGGUGGAAUAAUACUAGGUGUAGUUUAUAGGGUAGGUUUGUGUUUUGGGACAAUUUAUCAAAUUUAGUAAUGAGAAAGAUACAUAAUUAACAUAAAGCAUAGUUUUCUAUUGUCUUCAUUUUCUUUGUAAAUAAAUAUCAAGAUUUUUUGUUUUGUUUUGAUUUAUUAUUCUAACCUAAGUUAACAAAUAUUUGGUUUUGGCUAUAUCCCAGAAAAAUGUAUAGAGUUACUAUAUUUUGUUUAAUUAACUAAUUAAAAUUUGAUUUUUUUUUGUAUAAUUUAUGUGUACAUAAUUGUAUAUUCCUUUAAUGAAAGGAACAAGUGAUAAUUUAUUGGCAAUAUUAUGUUAAUUAUGACCUCAUAAUUGAAAUUGUGUUAAAAUGGUUAGGUUGUGUGUGUAAGUUUAUAUCAUGAACUUAAUAGAAAUAAGGAUGGGAAAAUUUAACUUAAUUGUUUGUAAUUAACAUAUAUAAAGAUACAGUAAUUACUAGUCCAAUGCCAUUGUUUGAUCAAUAAAAUAUUACAGCCAAA